CAAUCGGGUAGCCGCUUUGGUUACGCGCCUAGUCUGUCUUCGUUUGCUAGUUGCAGCCGUGGCAAACUAAGCGGACACCAUCCGCUUUUAUGUCAGCAAUGUAAUUACUCGCUACCUGCAAGUGUGGUUUUCGUCGCGUCCCUGUUGUCGUUUAUCACGUCCGGCGUUGCGACCAAGUGCCGAAUAAGCAACUGGCAGAGUUGGCAAGGACCAAGUUGCCAGCUAGCUAGUCCCUAGGUCAGUUGGUGAGCAGCAACAAUGUCCAGUCUUCCCCAGAAUAAUUUGAAGGAGCAGCUGGCGAGACACAGCAACGCCGCCCAAAGUAAACUGUCUCUGGCGAAACCUAAAUCGGGGCCAUUUUCUUUUAAAAAGAAGUCUUCAUCUGGUACAAGCGUGACAGAAACCUCACCUAAGGUAACCAUACCGAAUGUUUUGGCAAGUAGGAAUGUUAAUCUCCCAAUAAACAGGUUGGUGACUCAACCUGUUCUGACAUUUCCAAACACGCCUGAAACCUCUCAAAAGUCCAAAAUCGGCAAAUACUUCUCUGUAAAUUCCAAAUGCAAGUCGGACAUCAGCCCGGGCUCUGUGACAGAUUUUCCGCGGCCAUCAUUGUUGGCAUCUUCUGGCGGUGCAUGUCCACCUUCACCCAAAUGUGACAAAGCGCUUACGAAUGCCAAAGACAGUAGCCCCGUAGACCUGGAUGUGUCCCUUGGAUUACAGAUUGACGACUGGGAUGAUAUGGAUGACUUUGAAACACCCACCAAAACGAAGAACGACUCCUUCAGUAGAAAUGUAAGUACGACUGACAGCAGGCCAGUCGUACCUGAAUGCAAAACAGAAUCCGCGGGGGGGCAGAGUUGUUUGAAAACAGAUGAAGCUCAAAUGAGUCGUGAUCUGAGUUCAGUCGGACAUGCAGAUGAUUGUCAACCGGACGAUUCUCCAAUUAACACAACGAAACGACGCCACCCGGCUUAUCUGAAGUCCAUUGUUAGUGACAGCGAAGAGGACAAUAAUGACGUGCCCGUGACAGAUGAUAAGAAAGAUUGGGUUGACCCAAAGUGGAUUCAGUUGGAUGCCGACUCCGAGCCUGAAGACGACCUCGACUACAUACCGCCGUCUCCCGAGAACUUGAACUACAAAUCUCCUGUGGAGUCCAUAUCCAAGCCAAAUUAUGGUGAAAGCAACGAUGAGUUUUUAUCAAAAAAACCUGAUGUGACCCCUCGUCAAGCUUCUUAUGAUCACUCGACAGACAAGAGAAGUGACCAGCUCUAUAGAAUCAUGGAGUCUAUUUGUGCCCUGGUGGAUUCCAUCCCAUCACACGAGCUCAUCGCUCUGUCCUGUGGAAAUGAGCUUCUGCUGAAGAGGGCUCAAAGGAAGAGGAUUCUCAUUACUGGUGGUGACGCUUUCCUAAAGCCCCAGCAGCCUGACAGCACUGGUAUUUGUGAUCCCAGCCUCAAAGACAAAUCUUCCAAUGAUACACCCAGCAGCUUUUUACCCACAGUUUCAAAGAUGACCCCUCAGAUCAGGAGACCCUCAGUCAUCUCUUUGGACUGUGACUCCGAUCACUCUGACAGCAUUAUUAAAGAAACCCCGUCACGCUCCGAGAACGGCCGGAAAUCAGUUGUGGAAAUGGAGAGCAAUCCAGAGCAAUGUGAUUCUCCAUCAAGCUCCAGCAUCUCAAAAACAUCUCACAAUCUCUCCAGUCUCAAGAAUACCCACAUUGAUGUGGACUGUGAUGAUCUGUUCUUCUCGCCCAAGAAGAAAACGGAGAGUAUAGUGCAGAUUAAAUCUACCCCCCUGGCAAACGUCACUGCUACGAAGUCCUUCCAGCCGGAUGACUUUUUCAUCGACGACUUUGACAUAGAUGACUUAAACGACUCUGACAUUCCCGACUACUUCGACGAACCCCAAAAUUCCGCAGUGCCAUUAAAGACCCCCAUCGCUGGCCCAACGGCUGUGAAGGAAGGUGGUCCGAGCAGGUCCUCGUGGCAGAAUAAAGCUACGACACCUGGGCCUGCACCCAAACCAACAAAGAUCUGCUCUCCCGAACCCACCUUCCGAAACCCAGUACACGAGCGUUUCAGAGGGUUCACCUUCUCCCACUCGCAGGAGAUGAUGAAGAUCUUCCACAAGCGCUUCGGUCUCCAUCAGUUCCGGUUUAACCAGCUUGAAGCCAUUAAUGCCGCCAUGCUCGGGGAAGAUGAGUUUGUGCUCAUGCCCACAGGUGGUGGUAAAAGUCUGUGCUACCAGCUUCCUGCUUGUCUGUCACCGGGAGUCACUGUGGUCAUCUCUCCUCUCAAAUCUCUCAUUGUGGAUCAAGUCCAGAAGCUCACUUCACUAGAUAUCCCAGCAACAAGCCUGUCUGGUGAUAAAAGUGAUGGUGAAGCAGGGAGGAUCUACAUGCAGCUAUCCAGGAAGGAGCCCAUCAUUAAACUCCUCUACGUCACGCCUGAAAAGGUCAGUGCGAGUAACAGGCUCAUCUCGGCCCUACAGAACCUGUACGAGCGAGGCCUCCUGGCUCGUUUCGUCAUAGACGAGGCUCACUGCGUCAGUCACUGGGGCCACGACUUCCGUCCGGACUACAAGAGGCUGAACGAACUGCGCCAGAAGUUCCCCAACGUGCCCAUGAUGGCGUUGACCGCCACAGCCACCCCCCGCGUGCAGAAGGAUAUCUUGCACCAACUCAACAUGACACGUCCUCAGAUCUUCACCAUGAGCUUCAACCGAGCAAACCUUAGGUACGCCGUUCUGCCCAAGAAACCGAAAAAGGUUGACGAGGACUGUGUCGGUUGGAUCAAGAAGCACUACCCACGUGAUUCGGGCAUCGUGUACUGUCUGUCUCGAAAUGACUGCGACAACAUGGCCGAGAGCCUGCAGCGAGCCGGCCUGUUUGCUCUGUCCUAUCACGCUGGGCUGAGUGACAGCGACAGAGAAUACGUGCAGUCCAAGUGGAUCAACCAAGACGGCUGCCAGGUCAUUUGUGCCACCAUUGCUUUCGGCAUGGGCAUCGACAAGCCUGACGUUCGCUACGUGAUCCACGCCAGUCUGCCUAAAUCAGUGGAGGGCUACUACCAAGAGUCUGGGAGGGCGGGCAGGGACGGGGAGAUCUCACAUUGCAUCCUCUUCUACAGCUACUGCGAUGUGCACCGCAUCAAGAGGAUCAUCAGCAUGGACCGAGAAGGUGACAGAGGCACCAAGGCCACUCACUUCAACAACCUACAAAGCAUGGUUCAGUUCUGUGAGAACAUGAUGGACUGCAGAAGGAUUCAGCUGCUGGCCUACUUUGGAGAGAUGAAUUUCAACAGGGGCUUCUGUAAAGACAAUCCCGACGUUACCUGCGACAACUGCAGCAGACCAAAUGAAUACAAAAUGAGGAAUGUCACUGAAGAAGUGAAGCGCAUCGUGAAUUUCGUCCAGCAGAACUGCGAGAAGGUCGGAGCCAAGUUCGGCCGGACCCCGGCGCAGAGCCGGCUGACGCUCAACAUGCUGGUGGACAUCUUCAUCGGUUCCAAAACUGCCAAGCUCCAGACGGGCAUGUUUGGGAUGGGAGGCUCUUAUUCCAAGCACAACGCCGACCGUCUGUUCAAAAAACUGGUGCUGGACAACAUCCUGAUGGAGGACCUCUACAUCACCAACAACGGCCAAGCUGUGUCGUACAUCUCUGCGGGACCAAAAGCGCUCAACCUCCUAUCCGGACACAUACAGGUGGACUUCUACGAGACGCAGAGCGCUUCCACUGUGAGGAAGAACAAAGCUGCAGUGUCCAAGAAGAUCUCUUUGAGGGACCAGAAGGUUCAGGAGUGUCUCAAGGAGCUGGUGGAUCUCUGCAAGCAGCUGGGAAAAGCCUUCGGAAUUCACUAUUACAACAUCUUCAACACUGGCACCUUGAAAAAGUUAUCAGAGAGGUUGUCCUCCGACCCGGAAGUGCUGCUGCAAAUCGACGGCGUGACAGAGGACAAGCUGGAGAAGUACGGGGCUGAGGUGAUCCAGGUCCUGCAGAAGUACUCCGAGUGGCAAAAUCCUGUCGGCCAGCAGCAGGACGAGGGCGGCGAAGAGGGCUGGAUCGACACGACGCAAGGCCGCAAGGCGAAUGACGACGACGACGACUCCUCCGCCUACUUCCGCAGCCAAAGCGUGCAGGGGCAGAAGAGGAAGAAAACGCUGUUCUUCAAGUACAACAAAAAGAAAAAAGGAUACGGAGGCGGAGGCUCCAACUCCAGAGGCCGAGGCUCCGGCAACAGUAAGUCGUGGUCGUCAAGAGGAGGAGCGAGAACCGGUCCUCAGUCUGCCGGCCGAGGCUCCGGAGGUGCGACGGGUGACGCGUCGGUGGGAAGGACGCCGGGCUUUUUGGCGGUGCCCACGCCUCAAAAGCGACCUUUCCUCAAGCCGUCUUUCUCCCACAUGUAGCGCCGCUAUCUCAACACUACGUCGGUUUGUAAUUUGUGCUGUUCAAAGUGUACAUUCUCGGGAUUAUAUUUUGGAAUACUUGCUGUACAUUUCAGUGUUUAUAAAAUCUUUUCAAAUGUUCGUGUAUAAA